AUGGAAGGUGACCGACGAAGACGCCGAAAGGGAAGAUGGAAUGACUCAACAUUAAAUAACCCCUUGGAAGGGAGUAAGACUGCUUGGCCCGUAGCUCACAAAGAAUCAAUCUUCCUGCCUGAAUUCCCCAUCAAUACUGAUUUAUUACAAAAGGACUUCCAAAUUGGUGAUAUAAUAGCUAAUGGAGCUUUUGGCAAAGUUUACAAAGUGAUAAAGUGUGCCGAUGAUAAGGAAUAUGCAUUGAAAGUUCUUAGUAAAGCUCAGGUAGUACAUGAAAAUGCUGUGCGUCAAGUGAAAGAAGAAGCUAAAAUUCAAACAGUUUGUGGGCAUCAUUCCUUCAUUGCACGUGCUAUCUCCCGCUGGCAGACCAAGAAAAGACUUUAUAUUGUUUCAGAAUACAUUCCUGGUGGCGAGCUGUUGACAUUACUAGAUAACCACGGCAAGUUACCUGUGGAGCUGGUGAAGAUUUUUGUUGCAGAGAUAGCGAUCGCUAUAGAUUUCCUUCACAACGCCGGAGUGAUAUACCGCGAUUUGAAGCCAGAGAAUAUCCUACUGGACGCCGGCUGCCACAUCCAGCUGAUCGACUUCGGUCUGUCCAAGUGGCUAUCCGUCGGCUCGCGAACCACCACCCUCUGUGGAACGCUGAAAUACAUGGUUUCGGGGCGUAGAAGGAAAGGAGGUUCGGAGAGUGAUUAUGUCAGUGUUAGUGAAAAGGGGUGCGGUUCAGUGAGUGGCACUAUGAACGCGCGCACCAUCGCCUUCGAACUGGCCAUGGAGGGCCGUCAGGUGGACGAAGUGGUCGCCAGCAUAUUCCAUACGGUACUCUUCCAUCGCUCCAGCGGCAAGUUUACCUACAACAACGAAGAAAGCUACUCCAUCCGCACCGUCAGCUAUGUGGAUGUGGACUGCGACUUCAUCGACUUUACUUAUGUCUGUUGCGAGUCGGAAGCCCUGGGGCGAGACGUUAAACGGGAGAUCUCUGACUUUUCGGAGCUCCUGCGCGCAGUCGACGGCACCUCUUCCCCGCCUCGAGGGUCGAUAAGUCUCGAGUUCUUCCAGAAGAGGCGCGCCCGUUGGCCCUUCCAACCGGAAUGCGUCCCUUGGGAAGUGUGGACUGUUUACUGCGAGCUCACAGAACGCAGUGAACACGAUAUGCACAGCAAACACGAGAGCGUAGUUGAGAUGCUUCAAGACAAAAUUGUCUUCAUAACGGAGAUCAUUAACCGCCACGAGUACGUGCCCAAGAUGCCGAGCCGCUCUGACGCCGAUUUGGUCUUCGACACUUCGUAUUCGGAUAUCCAGCCGUACCUUUUCAAGAUACAUUACAAUUUGUCCGGUGCCCCGCCAGUAUCUCACAUCAACACCGUACGAAAACUGAUACGCGAUACGCUGGCGUUGUGA